CGCUCGUUGUCUCAUCGUCAGUGUAUGGCUUAGCCAUUGGUUACUUGAGACACAAGCAAGAAUCCAAGCUUGCCGGUCUCCCAUGGCUUCCAAUUCAUUCCCGUUAACCACCGCACCGACGCAGCGUACCAGGCUUAACCGGAGAAAGCCGAGUUUAAUCCUUGCCGCCAAACCAGCCUCGAUUAAGCUUGGGAAGACGAAUAAGGAUGACUCGGAAGCUUCCCAACCCAAAAGUUCGUCCUCCCCGAGCGGUUUCCGAUUCAACUUCGGGAAUUUACAGGACGUGAAGUCGCUGAUACCGGUGGUGAACAACCCAUCGACCGGUUUAGCGUUUGGUAAUAACCGGAGGAAAGAUUCCGGUACGGUUUUCGUGGCCGGUGCGACUGGACAAGUCGGUAUACGAAUUGCUCAGACGCUGUUGCAGAAAGGGUUCAGCGUCCGAGCCGGCGUUCCCGAUCUCGGAGCCGCUCAGGACCUCGCUCGUGUCGCUGCCACGUAUAAGAUGAUAUCAAAGGAUGAGGCGAGAAGGCUAAACGCGGUAGAAUCCACGUUCCAAGACGCGGAAUCAAUCGCAAAGGCGAUCGGAAACGCGACAAAGGUAGUAGUGACGGUCGGAAACGGGGAAAACGGUCCGGACGCGGUAGUAUCCACGUCAGACGCACUUCUCGUGGUUCAAGCCGCAGAACUCGCCGGAGUCAGCCACGUGGCAAUCGUCUACGACAACGUCACGGGAUCUACAUACAACGUGCUGGACGGAAUCACAUCGUUCUUCAACAACAUCUUCGCUCGAUCUCAGACAUUGACGGUCUCCGAGUUUUUGGAGAGUGUUGUCCGAACGGACGUUGCCUAUACGUUCAUAAAGACGAGCUUGACGGAGGAUUUCUCGCCGGAAAAUUCCUACAACGUAGUUGUUUCAGCCGAAGGGAGCAGCGGAAACGACGCCGGUGAUUCGUCAGUGGCGUACAAAGUGGGGAAGAUGAAGAUCGCAUCAUUGGUGGCAGAUGUUUUCUCGAACACGGCAGUUGCAGAGAAUAAGGUGGUGGAAGUUUUUACGGAUCCAUCAGCUCCAUCGCGGUCCGUGGACGAGCUUUUCAGUGUAAUACCGGAGGACGGGAGAAGAAAAGCAUAUGCAGAGGCCGCGGCGAAGGAGAAGGCCGAGGAAGAAGAGAGAAUAGCGGCCGAGAAAGCCCGAGAGGCCACUGAAGCGGCGAGAAAGCUCUCUGAGCAAGAAGCCGGGGCUGCGACCUUAACCGAGGAGGCUCAGCAGAAAGCCGAGGCUGCCGGAUUCACGAUGGAUGGCCUAAUCAACCGAGCCAAAGGCAUAAGCUCGGGCAUCUCAUGGGAUAAAUUCGGGUCUCAGAUCACAACGGCGGUUCAGAACGCUGCCGCCGAGACGCCAAAAGUGCAGGUCGCGACGGUCAGGGGACAGGCCAAAGCCAGAAACUUGACGCCCAAGAAGGCGGUAGUGAAGCCACCGAAUGAAAACGCAGACGCAAAAGCGAAACCAGCGUUCGCAAGUGCUUUUGCGUUAAAGAAGAAUGAAGAGCGUGGAAAGAAGGAGAGAGAACCGGAGAAGAAAGAGGUGAGGAAAGUGUUGGGAGGACUUUUCAAGCAAGAAACGAUGUACGUAGACGACGACUGAAGAAAGACAGACCCGCCAUUUAAACGCAGCCAUCAGUUGGGUUGUUCCGUACAGUUCCUUUACAAUCUGUAUAUGUAUCCUUACAUGUUCAAGCAAAAGCAUAUGUGCUUAUGAGUUUUGAACUCAACACGGUUCUGAUUAAUGUUUGCUGCUUGUAUUCAGACAAGACCUCAUCUCCUCACCAUUGAGACAAUCUGUAGAGUUUCAUCAAUGAAUAAUAGUUCUUAUGGA